AAAAAUAUUAAGGCCUUCAGCAACAAUCACGCGAAUCAUUGAAAAAAAAAGAAAAAGGCUCAGUUAAUACCUUCUUUAUUAGGCCUGCUCUGUAGCAUAUGGACAACAUAACAAGCAAACUAAAUAUGGAUUCUCACCACUACUCUUUCAAGAGCGACAGCGGGUCAGAUCAUCAUGAGCUCGACGACGAGGUAUAUAGAAGACAGACCCGUAAGCGCCUCAUCAUCAUCGUACUCUCCACCGCCGUUUUCAUUGCCGUCACUAUCAAUGCGGUGGUGGGGAUCGUUGUCCCACAGAAGAACACCAAAUCAUCAAACCCUACUCCCUGGCAGCCUACUCCUUUAGCAGCUGCUAGUAAUGAUAAUUACUCAACAGGUCCGUCCGUCCAAGAAAUGUGCAACAACAUGACUCUCUAUCCUUAUACCUGCACUUCAAGCAUCGCUUCUCUUCUAGGCACCGACAACGGUUCAGACCAAAAUCUUGAUCCUAAACAAUUCUUCAUCCUAUCCAUGCAGGUUUCGCUGAAUGAGUUAGUGAACAUCUCAUCAUCUGUUCUUUCUUCAAAAGGUUAUGUGAAUUUGAGUAGUGCUGAUAAUGCUGUCUUGAGCGGGGCAUUGGAUGAUUGUCAGACUCUUUUGAAAGAUGCCAUUGGUCAUAUCAACAAAUCCAUUGCUUCUGUGCAAGUGGGUCAGGGGAAGGUAGUGUUGUCCACGGACAAUGUCAACGACAUCAGGGUGUGGCUGAACGCCGCCAUUACCGAUCAGAAAACUUGUUUGGAUGGGCUGAAGAAGUUUGCGAACGGGACGGCUCUGUCCGGGUACGUUGGAAAUGUACUGCAAAACUCCAAGAAGUUCACCAGAAACAGUUGGGAGAUUGCGUCUAAAAUACCAACGUUCCUUCAUAAUUUCCAAACUCCGAUUCGUGAUCGAAAAUUACUGAAGAUUAACGGCGGCGGGGACCCGACGCGAGGAAAUGUCUGGGGGUGAAAAUUCAUACAUCGGAUUUCAAGGCGUCACGGUUGCAAGGAACGGCAGUGGUGGGCCUACAGGCCGAGUAUUAAAUUGAUGGGCCUUUU